AUGGUUGGAAUUCAGGUUUUGGCUGACAAGCUGAAUUCUUACCUUUCAGAGCUCAACAAAAUGCCUAAAAAGCUGUUAUCUGUUGCUGAGGCCAUGACUGCUGUUAUGCAGAUCAUUGGAACAUCCAAAGAAUCACUUAAGAAAAUUCUUGUGACGGGAGAAUUUGAUGAGUUCCCGGAUGGCAAACACAUGCAUUGCAAGGCCAGGCUUGUCGAGAUGCUCCAUAAGUGCUCAGAUCAGCUUCACGAGUGCAAUGUGAGUGACCCCAAAAGUGAUUUCUUACUGGAGGAGAUUGCGAUUUUGGAGGAGGCAAAAGGUAUCAACCUUCCAUAUUCACAUGUUAGGAGACAGAAUCAGUCUGCUAUGGACCUCUGGCUCUUAUUAAUGGCGCCUGAGUUGAUGUUGAUCAGUAAAUUCAUGUGUGUCUAG